CGCGCUGUAAUUAGCGAAGAUUGAUUGACAGAUCGUCUUCUUCUUCUUCCCUGGUGGAGUUGGUGUGCGGCUGCUCUGCAGGAACGCAGCUCGGCACCAGCGGGACUUUUUGCAUUAUUGGACGUCAUUUCAGCGAACCUGUUCUGCUGUGACGUGAACGUCCAACGUCCACGCGGGCUGCAGGUGCGCGGGAAAGGCGCAAGACGCCGCGGGAAAGUCGCGUGGUUUAAAGCGCGCGAAGGAACUUUCUGGAGGAAUCAGCCAGUGAGUCACCGCAUCGGCCCCCGUCGCCAUGGAAACGCCGAGCCAGAAGCGCAUGAGCCGCGGCGCCGCCUCCCCGGCCCGUAUCACCCGGCUGCAGGAGAAAGAGGAUCUGUGCAACCUCAACGACCGGCUGGCCGUCUACAUCGACAAGGUGCGCUCGCUGGAGGUGGAGAACGCCGGCCUGCGUCUGCGCAUCUCCGAGUCCGAGUCGUGCGUCAGCCGCGACCUCAGCGGCAUCAAGGCGGCCUACGAGAGCGAGCUGGCCGACGCCCGCAAGACCCUGGACCAGGUGGCCCGGGAGCGUGCCCGCCUGCAGCUGGAGCUGGGCAAGAUCAAGGAGGAGUACAAGGAGCUGAAAGCCAGGAACAGCAGGAAGGAGUCCGACCUGGAAGCGGCUCUGGCCCGCCUUCGAGACCUGGAGGCGCUGCUCAAUUCCAAAGAUGCCUCCCUCAGCACGGCCCUGGCGGAGAAGCGGGCCCUGGAGGCCGAGGUGAAGGACCUGAAGGCCCAGCUGGCCAAGUUGGACUUGGCCCUGGCGGACGCCAAGAGGCAGCUUCAUGACGAGAUGCUGAGGCGGGUGGAUGCUGAGAACCGCCUGCAGACCCUGAAGGAGGAGCUGGAGUUCCAGAAGAACAUCUCCAACGAGGAACUACGCGAGUCCAAGCGGCGCUACGAGUCGCGCGUGGUGGACGUGGACGGCGGGCGGCACAUUGAGUUCGAGAGCAAGCUGGCGGAGGCGCUGGCUGAGCUGAGGGCGCAGCACGAGGAGCAGGUGGGCUUCUACAAGGCGGAGCUGGAGAAGACCUUCAACUCCAAGCUGGAGAACGCCCGCCAGUCGGCCGACAGGAACAGCCACUUGGUGGGCGCCGCUCAUGAAGAGCUGCAGCAGACACGCAUGCGCAUGGAGAGCAUGUCAGGACAGCUGGGGCAGCUGCAGAAGCAGCUGUCCCUGAGCGAGGCGAAGGUGCGCGAGCUGGAGGAGACGCUGAGCCGCGAGCGUGACCUGAUGCGCAGACGUCUGGAGGAGAAGGAGCGCGACAUGGCCGCCAUGCGAGCUCGCCUGCAGAGGCAGCUGGACGAGUACCAGGAGCUGCUGGACAUCAAGCUGACGCUGGACAUGGAGAUCAGCGCCUACAGGAAGCUGCUGGAGGGCGAGGAGGAGAGGUUGCGUCUGUCGCCCAGCCCUACCCAAGCCAGGGUGACGGUGACCCGCACCUCAGGCUCCUCCCACAGCCGCCUGGGCCACACCGCCGCCUCCAGCAGCCGCACCUCCUCGGGCACGGCGGUGGCCAAGAAGCGGCGCCUCAACGACAACGACAGCGAGGCCUCCAGCGUGGUGGGCGGCACCGUCACCAAGACGCGCAUCAGCCAGCACGCCUCAGCCAGCGGCCGCGUCACCGUGGACGAGGUGGACCUGGACGGCAAGUUUGUCCGACUCUGCAACAAAAGCGACGAGGACCAAUCACUGGCCGGCUGGCAGGUGAGGAGAACGGUGGGAGGAGCCAACCCCAUCAUCUACAAGUUCCCACACAAGUUCAACCUGAAGGCUGGAGCCACCGUCACUAUCUGGGCGGCGUCCAGCGGCGGUAGCCACGCCCCCCCGUCUGACCUGCUGUGGAAGAGCCAGGACUCCUGGGGCAGCGGCGACCUCCUGCAGACGGUCCUGCUCAGCGCCAGUGGAGAGGAAAUGGCCGCCAGGAAAGUCACCCGCAGCCUCUUCCAGGAGGACGACGACGACAUGGGCGCUCACAGCACCAGCGGCGACAACGAGUACAACUUGCGCAGCCGCACCGUCAUCUGCGACUCCUGCGGACAGCCGUCUGACCGCGAUGGUUGCGGCGGCGGUGGAGGCGGCGGGGCCGACCCCCUUGUGGGACAUUCCUUUUUCAUGGGCACUAACCAGCCCAGACAGAGCGGUGUCAGGCCUGAGAACUGCGUGAUGAUGUAACACAGACGUGGUGAUGUCACGCAGACGUGAUGAUGUCACGCAGACGUGAUGAUGUCACGCAGACGUGAUGAUGUCACGCAGACGUGGUGAUGUCACGCAGACGUGAUGAUGUCACGCGGACGUGGUGAUGUCAUGCAGACGUGGUGAUGUCACGCAGACGUGAUGAUGUCAUGCAGACGUGAUGAUGUCAUGCAGACGUGAUGAUGUCAUGCAGACGUGGCCUCCUUCCUGCAGCAUCACUUCCACUGCUGGGAUCUUUCUGCUUUUCUAUCCACAUACUUAAAGGACCUUGCUCUGCGUGUACGUUGUUGCAUGUGCUAAUGCUGACACACACACACACACACACACACACACACACACACACACACACACACACACACACACACACACACACACACACACACACACACACACACACACACACACACACACACACACACACACACACACACACACACACACACACACACACACACACACACACACACACACACACACACACACACACACAGCUUUUUGUCCAGUUGAGGUAUACGUCAAGCCCUGUCAAACGUCAACACGCACAGCCUCGUAGGAGAAGGUGCACACACACACGUACACACGCACACACACACACACGUACACACACACAAACGUCAAGAUGUGAAAGUGAAAGCAACCAAGCUUCAUUUCAAGUGAAAUCCACUGAAAGGACUUUUUGAGCAGCAGUGUUGUCUUCUCAGGUGUUCUGCUGAAUGUUUUGCAUGCAAAUUGUCUUUCUUCACUUGUCAUUUGUGUUUGUUUAGCAGAAUGUUGGCCACUAAUGAGUGUUCCCUAACACCAAAGAGGUGUCGUCACUGUAAUCCUGCACUACAUGUUCAGUGCUGAUGCCGUUUGUCGUCACGGCAACCAGGGUGUGUCUUACUACGUGUUGAGUGCUGAUGCCGUUUGUCGUCACGGCAACCAGGGUGUGUCUUA